GAACGGGAACUAAAGCAGGGGAUCCUGUUGAGGUAAAAGCUCUUGGGACAUUUUUCCAGACUGACGAAAAUUCAACACCAAAAAUAAUAGGUUCGGUAAAAACAAACAUUGGUCAUCUCGAAUCGGCAGCUGGUGUAGCAGGUCUGAUUAAGGUUAUAUUGAUGCACUACCACCAUCAAAUCGUUCCUUCUCUCCAUUUUGAAAGACCAAGUCCAGAGGUUCCCUUGGAAGAAUUCAAAUUUACUGUUCCAGUGAAAUCAAAUCAAUGGCCAGAAACGGAGAGAGAUUUUCUCCGCUCUUCAGUAAAUAGCUUUAGUUUUGGUGGAAGUAACUGUCAUGCUAUUGUUACAACACCAAAGAACAGAUGUAUGAGACUUUUCUCUGGGCAUGAUAUACCAAAAGUCAUUUGCAUCUCGGCAAUCGAACCACCAGCUCUUCAGCGAAUUAAAGACGCUAUGUGUGAAAACGCUAAAGAUCUGCAACUUGCUGAUUUAUCAUAUACAUCAAUAUAUAGAAGAGAUCAUUAUCCAUGCCGUUUGGCUGUAGCUGGUCAAAAUACUGCCGAAGUUCUUCAAAUUCUAGAAGGUACUGAUGUCGACAAACAUGUGAUGGUGAAAUACCAGCCAGCUAAAGGAAAGAAGUAUAUCUUUGUUUUUGCUGGUUUAGGAACAAAUUGGCAAGGAAUGUGUCAGGAAAUGCUAAAAAGAUUUAAAGUAUUUCGUUCUACCAUUGAAGACAUUUCCAAAUAUCUUGAACGAUAUGCUAACUGGAACUUAAUGGAAAAUCUUCAAAAUGGAUUUGAUUUAGAGGAUGCUAACAUCGCUCCAAUUAUGACAUUUGCUUGUGAAGUAGCGUUGUUCGUAUUAGUGGAAAGUUUUGGAAUUAAUCCCGAUGCUAUCAUUGGACAAUCUAUUGGUGAAGUAGCUGCUGCCUUUGCUUCUGGUACCGUCACUCUGGAACAAGCUGUGUAUAUUAUUUAUCACAGAACAAGAGUACAGGUUCAAGGUACUGGUGGCAAAAUGUUUGUUGCUAAAAAUAUUGAAAUAGAUAAAGUAGAAGAGAUUUUAGAGAAAUAUGAAUCAGAAGCUAAUGUAUCUGUUUACAGUAGUCCGAUGAGCUGUACUAUAAGUUGUGAUGAAGAUGUAGUGGACAAAUUAAAAGAAGAUAUCAAAGAGGUUAAUACAGGUUGUAUGUUUAUAGAUCUGAAUGUUACUAGUGCUUUUCAUUCUCAUCAUAUGUCUAAAAGUGCAGACGAGAUGAAAAGCUGUGCUGAAAUAAUUGGAGAAGAACCAAAGAUAGAUGUAUUUUCUACUGUUAGUGGUGUCAAGGCAGAAGAAGGAGAUUUUAUUACACCACAAUAUUGGGCGGAUAACAUCAGAAAACCAGUUAAACUCUACCAAGCUGUUCUUGAAGCCCAUGAUCCUACUAAAUAUAAUAUUUUUGUUGAAUUAGGACCCAGACCAAUUUUGAGAGCUCAUCUACCAAGCAUAUUCCCUGACCAAGUACUGUUUGAUUCCAUACCUCUGAUGAACGUGAAUGACGAAAUAAAUUGCAUAACCAAGACGAUGGCCUCUUUCUACAACUAUGGAAAACAUCUUAAAUGGGAUAACUUUGAUAAUACCAAAGCUAAUACUGUCGAAUAUCCAAAAUAUAAGUUCAACAGAAUUUAUAACAUGUACGUCCCCACUCCCACUCAAGAUCGACUUAAUGGUGUCAGUUCCAUAUUGAAACAGCAUCCAAUGGUCAAGUCAAAGGGUACAGAGAAGAAUGUCGUCAAAGUUGUUUUAGACCCGACUAAAAUUGGAUCCAUCUAUGAACAUAGAGUUAACGGUUAUGUUAUGGUUCCUGGAGCUACAUAUGCUGAGGUCGGUCUUGGAAUCUCUGCUCUGAAAUCAUCAACAGUUUCGUUCCGUGAAGUGACUGUGGCAUUUAGAAACCCAAUUAUCAUAUUCAACAGAGAAACGAGGGACCUUGAAGCCAAGUUAGAUAUAACUGAUGACAGAACUGAUUUUACAGUAGUUGAGGGAAAUAACGUUUACUGUACUGGAUCAAUUGUUUUAACUUUUAACCAGACAUAUCCUGUCCUAAACGUAGAAGAAAUCAGAAGUCGUUGUGAUAUCUCAUUACCUGGUAAACAGAUUUACUCUGAUUUGAGCAUGUUUGGUUUCUCGUAUGGUAAAGCCAUGACAAUUUUGCAGGGAGCAGUAAAAAAUGAAUUCGAAGCCUUGAUAGAGCUUAAGCUAAACGAUCUUUUAAAGCAAGAAAUGGAUGGUACAAUCUUACAUCCUGCAAUUAUUGACAGUAUGUUACAGUCAACUAUAGCUAUUGGUAGUUCUAACGACGACGGCACACAAGUUAUACCUGUCAACAUUGAGAAAUUACGUGUUCAUGGAGAACUCAAAGAUGAUAUGCUGGUAUACGUCCAGAGAAGUCCUUCUUCUACUGAAGUUAACAUAAGAUUUAAAUUGAUCCUGUGUUCAUUAAGUGGACAACCGAUAGCUAGUAUAGAAAGCUUCACAGCAAAAGUUAUUGGUCAAAAUGACAAACUGCCACAGCAGAUUUACUUUGAGCAAAAUUGGAAGUUGAUGCCCCAAUCCAAGCAAAUAGAAGAACUGAUGUCAGAAAAGUUUGUGACUGUAUCUGUUAAACAACGACCAAGCCGAGAUGAAGAGGUUAAUGUUGUUGUUCCAUUGACUGACAAUAAUAAAGAUAUAGAGAAGUUAAGAGAAACACUAAAUGAAUAUAGAUAUGUUGCCAUAAUUAUCAAUAGUGAUUUUGAUGAGAAUUAUGGUGGAAUUGAAAUACAGAGAGCUGUAACUGAUUAUUUAUUAUGGUUAAAAGUUGUAGUGGAAUGUAUUAAUGAAGUCAAUGAAAAACAUGAUAUAAUUCGACUUUUAAUCGCUUUCUAUAAUACAUGGACUAUAGAUGAAAUGAACACCAAAUCUACAAUCAUGAUACCAGAUAAUAUUAUACAUUCAUCUUUAUGGGGAGGAGCACGAUCUAUUCAAAGAGAAUUGGGAACAUUAGCUACUCAUUUGGUCGAUCUCCGUGAAUUGGAAGGAACAUCAGAUAGCGAACAGUUGUUGAUAGUCUUUGACAAACUGGCUUCUGACUGGCUACAUAAUGGUGAGUUGCUCUUCACUACAGAAGGUGUUUUUGGUUACCAGUUACGUUAUAUGGAAGAAUCGGGAAGCAAGAUUUACCCAUCAAUUACUGACACUGGUGAUGCAGAUUUUGAUCUGUUCUCUACAUCAGAAACAGAAGUAAAGGGUGUCUUUAAAUUGUACACAAGAAAUACAUCACUACAUGAGCAACCAGGUUCAGUUUUGUUAAACGUUACCAAGUUGGUAUUUCAGGAUUCUUCAUUGUUUCUACCAGUUUUUAUUGCUGACCAAGAAAAGGCCAAUGAUGAUGGUUGGCCUGUAUAUUGUAUAGAAACUAUUGGAUAUCGAUCUAUGAAACCAAAUGAAUUACUGGUAUCAUGUUUUCCAGUACCAGCAUCUAAUAAGGUAGUAGUUCCGACAUCUUGCUGUAUGCCUCUAUCAUCAAUACCAUUCUACAAACCAGGUUUACUUUCAACACUUGUCAGUCUUUGGACAUUGGCUUCCAGUUUAAAAGCACGAGAGGUUAUUAUUAUACAACCUUACAAAUUUUCGAUCCAUGGUAUUCUGCUCGGUUUUUGCUUUGCUGUCCAGAGAACAAAGUUUAAGGCCAUGACCCCUCAAGACUUCUCCAAAGCCACAAAGCUAGAAGGAAAGAAGGUUGUUUGUUUGUCGUUCGUAGACCAAGCUCUGGUUGAUGACCUCAUGAGUAAAGAUUCAAUUAAGAGCUUUGUAUCAUUUUCCAGUCUACUACCAGUUAACACGGCAACAGUUUUAAGAACCAGUGCUCAUCGCAUUGAUAUAAAGAGAAUUAAUGAGCAUGAUAUGUUUUCACAACCAAUUAUCAGGAAAGCUAUACGUGGCGUUACCAGGGUAAUUAAGAGGUGGGGAAAGACUAUCAAAAACGUUCUGGAACAACUCACCGAUGAACCAAAUUUACAAGACCCUUUACAAAAGUUAUUUGCAAUGACUGAUAUUGAUCUUCAAGAAAAAAGUGGAUUUGAAGUACCAAUCCGUUUGACACCGAAUAGAUUAUUGAGUAAAACCAGUGCAUAUAUUGUUGUUGGUGGUCUAACUGGCUUAGGUUGGCAAUGUGUUCACUGGUUGGCAACACAUCAAGCUGGUUACGUCUUAAUCUUUAAUAGAAGAACCCCAAAUGAAGAGGACGCUGCAUCAAUUGAAGAAUUGUCCAGUUCAACAUCUUGUACCAUAGAAUGUUAUUCAGUAGAUGUAGUGAAUCUUAGUUCUGUUACUGGAGCUAUACGUACAUUCAACAAGACCUAUCCCGAUGUUCCCAUAAAAGGUGUACUUCAUGGUGCUGGUGUAACACGAGACUCAUCUCUAUUUAAAAUGACUGAAGAACAGAUGACAGAAUGUUUCAACCCAAAGAUUUCCGGAGCAUGGAAUUUACAUCAGGCUACCAUGUAUAUGAAUCUUGAUUUCUUUAUACUACAUUCAUCCAUUACUGCUAUCUUGGGUACACCUGGACAAAGUAAUUAUGGUGUUGGGAAUGCUUUCCAAGACAGUUUGAUAUCUGUACGAAAGAAAAUGGGUUUACCGGUCCAGAGUUUAAACUGGGGACCUUUGGACAUGGGAAUGUUAGAAAAGGGAACCGAGCAAGACCGCGCAAGAAUGAUGCUUUUAGGUAUGGGUUUUACCUUUAUUGGCAAAAAUGAAAUUGGCGAUAUUUUGGAAAAAAUCAUCCUUUCUAAAAGGCAUCAAGUCGUGAUUACCGAGUUUGAUUUAGAAAAACUACGUGACUGCCUGAUAGCAUUCAAUGAUUAUAACACAAUAACUAAGCUAAACACAAUUCUGCCAAAGGCAAGUUUCGAUCCCGCUUCAGUGGAAUCAGAUUUUGCCCAGCUGUUAAAAGACUGUGAUCCAAAAGACAUGCUAAAUGUUAUUGAAAGUGAACUGACCAAAUUGGUUAGCAAGAUUCUUUCUGUACCAGAGAUGUUAUUGUCUUCAGAUACCAGGUUGAUUGAUGCUGGACUUGAUUCUAUGUUUGCUAUGACUUUAGUGAAUCAAAUCAGGAAAGACAUCAACGUGAAGAUACCACUGAAUUUAUUGUUUGAUCCUGAUACAUCCAUCUUAUUCUUGUCUAAGUUUAUUGAGAAGGAAUAUUGUGAAGGUGACACUGUUUCCAGGACAGAGGAGGAAGACGAUCCCGAAGACAAUUUUGCAUCCUUCUCAGAACACAAAUAUCUCAAGGCAUACAACACAGAUCUAUAUAAAGCAUUACAUCUGGCAAACGAAAUGUACUUGGGCAAUAUACAUAACUUCAUCAACAGUACCGAUCAGAUUAAAGAAUUAAUCAAAAAAGUAUUGAUUCGGAAUCCGGGUGCUACUACAAUUUACGAUUGGCCAGAAGGAAAUACCAAACCUGAGAGAACCGACAUUACUAAGUCCUACUUGGAAAUUGAAAAAGCUGUCAAUAUAGUUGAAGUAGCUCCAGAUGAUCCAGAAAUUGAAAAAAUCUUCAAUAAGAGGAAAUUAGAUAGAUUUGAUUUGAGAUCUGAGGGUCCUGUUAGAUUCACUUGGGCCAUGUACGAGACGCAUAUGAGAUUAGCUAUGGUGUUCACUCAUGUAUCAUUCGAUAUGAUGGGCGUUAAUCUGUUUUUGGCUGAUUUUACGUCUUGUCUCAGGCGUUUAUGUAUGACACAGUCGUUGAACAACUUACCACAACAAAUGUUUCUGGAGAGUCCUACACCAUCUAAUAAGAUUUUACUGAACCUAUUGGAAGCGGAAUCAGAAAAAUUACACGAUUUCUGGAAAGGACAGUUUGAGAAAGGAGUGCCAAUGAUAACCACGGACUUGAAUAAGAAAUAUCAACCUGUUGAUGGAACAUGCAGUACUGCUGGAAAUGAAUUUCCACAAGACCUACAGGAGAAAUGCGAUACCAUCACAAAAGAAUUGGGGACUACACCAUUUAAAUUAUAUAUUACUUUGUAUCAGUUGCUGUUGAGUAUCCGGUCGAAAUCUCAACGAGUAAUGGUCAAUACAGUUGUAGAUCUACGACAGUUUUCUGCAGAAUUACUCAGCAAAAUAGAGUGCUUAGUCAACCCAGUGCCUAUAUUUUCUGAAAUACCAGAACCCAACACAAGUUUUAUAAACUUUUUCAAGAACAAUUCAGAGACCAUAACUCAUGGAUUAAACAAUGGAUUGUACCCUUAUGAUGAGAUGUAUAAAUUUGCAUCAGAAGAAGACAAACAAAAUCUUAAUGCACAUUAUGUGAUUGCAAAUGAUUAUACCAUGCUUAAAGAAUUGGAUCGUCAGAAUAAAAAAGGUGGAAUGGAUUUGAAAAUUAGUGAGGAACAUGACCACUCUGCUUAUCAAUCCACAUUGAGAGUGAGUACAGACAAAAAGACCAAUACGACAUAUUUUAAAAUAUUUAUUGGUGGUUCACAAUCAGAUAAUCAGGAUGCAGAAGAGCUGUUACAAGACUUUACCUCAAUGUUAGAAAUCGUUAUAACGAAUCCAGAUGUUUCUAUUCACGAACUAAGGGAGAAAUUCAAACCUACACUUUUAGGUCAUUUUAAGAAAGAAACAUGGAAAGGAUUAGAUAAUGUUGUAGCCAAGUUUGAAAAGGAUCCCAACAAUGAUCUGAUAGUGUUGAUUGGUAAAUCUGUGUUAAAACGAAAAGAUAUAAAAGAAAUAUACAGUGCAGGAAAUAAGCAACUACAAGUUCUUGUUAUUAAAUCAUCUAAAAAACAACACAGACUUAUAUACGAUAGUGAAGAUAAAAAGAUGCUGAGACUGAUGGAUAAACUACAGAACUUCGUUUAA